UCUCGCGCGCCAGUGCAGCGUUCUAGCGCCAGUGAGCCGCGCCAGUAGUUCUGUGGGCACCGUCGAGAAUACACCAUAAGCCAUGGGGCUGGAGAAACGUACCAUCAAGAUCAUUGUCAUUGUAGCAGUCGUUGUGCUGGUCAUAGGAGGCAUUAUUGGACUUCUGCUUGGCCUUUUACUGCCUCAGCGCUAUGUCGAGCUGGAGGUAUGGCCUCGUUCCGAGGAGUACACAUGGGACCAGCCACUGAUCCAGGUGAGAGGCAGCGACCCUGGCAGCUGGCAUAACUGGUACCGACGACUCAAUGACUUUCUCAGGGUUUACGAGACCUCGAUUCCCGAGGAGCCGCCCCGCGCACCAUGUUCAGUCCACAACCGUCGCGACCAGCAUCUGCGCUCAGACCAGUGUGACAUGGCCAUGAGGCUGUGGGCACCAUGUACUGCUGACGAGUUCUACGGGUAUGCUAGGGGCAAGCCUUGCAUCUUCCUCAGGCUAUCUCAUAUCCACUACUGGGUGCCUGAGCCAUACAACAUGACGUCAUCGCUGCCUAUCCCGCCAGACAUGCCACCGCAUAUCCGAGAAGCUAUGCGUCUUCGCCCCGCUCACCAAUACGGCGACUUUAUCUGGGUGACUUGCGACGGUGAAUUUAGCGCUGACAAGGAAAACAUCGGUCCGAUCCAGUACAUCCCUGCGGAGUACCCUCCAGGGUUUCCUCUCAGCCGGCUGCAUACUGCUGAUCGCAUCCCCUACUCCGCCAGGAAUAUGCCUGAUCAGGUUCCAGGACCACUGGUGGCUGUGUACUUUGAGAAUCCACGACGUGGAGUGGUGAUCAACGUGGAGUGUCGCAUCUGGACCCGCGACAUCUUCUAUGACCCCAAGAGUCGCUACGGACGCGCCCGGUUUGAGUUGUUCGUUGAAUAACUUCACUAAUAAUGCCUAUGCAUUUGUUUUUACUUUGAUAAGAACUUUCUUUAUUUUCUCCUUUUUUAUCGUCGCUGGUAGCCGUUGCUACUACCCAAGUAGUUCACCGACAACAUAAACGUUUAGUUUUCUUCAAACAACUGUUUAUGUACAUACUUAUGUAGUACCUACAAUAUAUUUUGAACUUUUGCCUUACUAAAAUGGGAAUGAACACUAGGUACUAUAGGUACUUUCAAGAAAUUAAUAGGAUCGAUGUUAUAUACGUUUACUAUAAGUAUACGUUGCAUAGGAUCAUAAAAGCAUAGGAGCCGUAUUUUAUGUAUUAUUUUCUACUUUUAGUUUUUAUCUGACCUACCUAAUUAGUUACUUGAUGGUUAGUAAUUUACUUAUUAGCAAUAACAGCUGCAUUUAUGAUUGUGGUUUAUUUAGAAUUAAUUAAACUUUUUCAUACUGCUUUUGUAAUAAAAUGAAUGGAUGUUAGAUGCUAGAUUAGAUGUUUGUUAUUAAAUAUCUACAAAUGCUGCCGUUUAUGUUAGAUUCUAUGAAUACCUAGUUGAUAAGAAUGAAAAGAUCAAUUAUUUGGAAUUAAUUAUUAUAAAUAUAUAAUACAGUUAGGUUCGGUACCUAUACAUCCAUACUUUAUAAAAAUACUUUGUCAGAUAAAUAUUACCUAAGUAAAGUGCUUAUAUAUAAUUUCCUGCUUUUUAAGGGUACCUACAAUUGAAAUAUAGCCAUUCAAUAAUGUGACAUUAUUAAGAUAUAAGUAUUGUACCUACUAGGUAACAUCUGCCUUUUGGUAUGCUAAAUCAAAUCAAAGUCUACCUUUUUAAAUUGUUCAAAGAAAUCGAUUAUAAAGUAUUAUUAUUCUAGUUAGAGACCUUAUUUAUGAACCUGUUCAAAAAAUAUAAAAUAUUUAAGUAAAUCUACCUCUUUACCUCCCCAAAAAAAAACUACCAAAGAUAAUUUUGUAGAUAAGUUACAGACCUAUAAUUAAACUAGAUAAUAUCAUAAUUAAAUUAUUCUUCCUAUUCUGCCUUCCUAAAUAAACAUUCCUAAUGUACAGUCGGGCACAUUAAGGGCUGAGCCUCUUUCAUACCUUCGCAAUUUUCAACGGUUGUUGAUAAUCCACAGAGGUUUGAUCCUAAGAAGUUGCAAAUUAUAUAGAUAUUUAUAAUUUUUAAUUGAGGCCUUUGAUACCUAUUUCAGUAGACUAUAGAUACUUUUUUUUUAUCAGGGAUGAAAAUACCUAAAUACGACUCGAGCAUUAAUGACCGUGACUGUACCUACUUUGUUUCUUGUAAUAGAAUAAGAUCUGUCUGUUAUGAUAUUAAUUUAUCACAUUAUAUUUUAAAUGUUUUAUAAGUUGUUGUAAAUAUUUACUUGAUGUGUUAUGUGAUGAUAAUUCUGGUGUUUCCUAGUUAAAGUUCAGAUAUUUGUGUACGUGAAUUGAAUAUUGUGAAUAAAAUACCUA